CUAGGUGGAGUGGCGCUGCAGCCGGGAGAGGAAUAGUGGGACUCGAGUUAAAACGCCGCCGGAGUGGUUGGAAACGUACACAGCAUUGUAGGCAACUUCACCGCAGUACAGACUCUGGAUAUGGCUACGUCUAUACUCGGGGAAGAGCCACGUUUCGGAACUACCCCACUAGCGAUGCUGGCGGCAACCUGCAACAAAAUUGGCAACACCAGUCCUCUGACCGCUUUACCCGACUCCAGCGCGUUCUCAAAGGGUGGAUUUCAUCCGUGGAAACGGUCUUCCUCCAGCUGCAACUUAGGCUCCAGUCUCCCCGGGUUCGCGGUGGCCACCAGCCGCGCGUCCACAGGACUACCCCCGUCCGGAGGCUCGGGCAACAGCGCGUUCUGCCUGGCCUCCACCUCGCCCACCUCCUCCGCGUUCUCCACCGACUACAGCGGCCUGUUCUCCAACUCGGCGGCGGGCGUCGCGUCUCAAGAGUCGGGACAGUCGGCCUUCAUCUCCAAGGUCCACGCGUCGGCCGAGACACUUUACCCGAGGGUCGGCAUGGCGCACCCGUACGAAUCGUGGUACAAGUCGGGCUUCCACUCGACCAUCUCCGGCGACGUGACGAACGGCGCGUCCUCGUGGUGGGACGUGCACACCAACCCGGGAUCAUGGCUGGACGUCCAGAACCAGGCGAGCUCACUGCAGACGUCCCUGCACUCCGGCACGCCCCAGGCCAUCCACUCGCAGCUCAGCGGCUACAACCCGGACUUCAGCACGCUCACCCACUCGGCGUUCAGCUCCACGGGCAUCAGCCCCUCCGCGUCCCACCUGCUGUCCACCGGCCAGCACCUGCUCACCCAGGAGGGCUUCAAGACGGUCAUCCCCGCCUACACGGACGCGUCCGCCGCCAACGCGAUGAUUUCUGGCGCCAGCUCUGGAAUAAGCAGCUCCUCGCGGUCCUCCCGGAGGUACUCGGGGCGGGCGACGUGUGACUGUCCCAACUGCCAGGAGGCCGAGCGGCUGGGCCCCGCCGGGGCGAGCCUCCGGAGAAAGGGACUCCACAGCUGCCACAUCCCCGGGUGCGGGAAGGUGUACGGUAAGACGUCGCACCUGAAGGCGCACUUGCGGUGGCACACGGGCGAGCGGCCUUUCGUGUGCAACUGGCUGUUCUGCGGGAAGCGGUUCACGCGCUCCGACGAGCUGCAGAGACACCUGCGCACGCACACCGGCGAGAAGCGCUUCGCGUGCCCCGUGUGCAACAAGCGCUUCAUGCGGAGCGACCACCUGAGCAAGCACAUCAAAACGCACACGGCCGGCGGCGGAGGGAGCAAAAAGGGGAGCGACAGUGACACCGACACGAGUAACCUGGAGACCCCGCGGUCCGGGUCCCCCGAACUCAUCUUAGAGGGGGUCCACCCCCGGAUCACCAUUAAGGACCAGUCGCCCCACGACGAGCCCUAGUGAGGUGACCCCCCCACCCCCCUUUACCGAACCUAAUCCAGAAUUGAAUCUGCACAGCAUUGAAAAACGGGUCUGUUUGAAAAGACGAUAAUCGAGAAAAAAAAUAUUGCAGGAGGCGUUUUGCAAAAUCAUAAAAAAAAACAUUUCUGUUCACCUUGAAUACCGAAUAUUAUACUGCGCUGAAACCAUCUGUGGAAAUGCAGAGCUAAAGGCCUGCGGGUGUCUGAAGACAGGGUGAUGGUCUGCAGUGAUAGGAGUUUGCAGUGAGAGGGGUCUGCAAUAAUAUUGGUCUUGCAGUGAGAUGGGGUCUUGCAGUGAUAUGGGUCUGCAGUGAUAUGGGUCUUUCAGUGAGAGGGCUCUGCAGGGUGGUCGCCAAACCUGUUUGGCGAGUCGGUGGGACAAUGUGAGUGGCUUCUUGUACAUGACGGCUGACUAUGUGUUCUUUUCCAUGUCGAUGUUCUGCUUGUUUUAUUCGUGUUUGGUGAACCUGACAUCAGGGAGUUUCAUUUCGACGCACUUUGUGGAUAUGUAUGUAAAAACAGCUUUUUCAAAAAAAGAAACUGAGUUAAUCUUUUUAUUUCUUUGCUAAAAUAUAUAAAUGUUUACCUGUAUAAAGUCACACGUAUAAGCCUUUCAUUAAAAUGUCUAAAAAAGAAA